ACAAUGGCUCGUACCAAGCAAACUGCCCGCAAGUCCACUGGUGGCAAGGCUCCCCGUAAGCAAUUGGCCACCAAGGCCGCACGCAAGUCCGCCCCUGCCACUGGCGGUGUGAAGAAGCCCCAUCGUUACCGCCCUGGUACGGUCGCUUUGCGUGAAAUCCGUCGCUACCAAAAGUCUACGGAACUGUUGAUCCGCAAGCUUCCCUUCCAACGCUUGGUGCGUGAAAUCGCUCAAGACUUUAAGACCGACUUGCGCUUCCAAGGUUCGGCUGUCUUGGCCUUGCAAGAAGCUGCUGAAGCUUACUUGGUCGGCUUGUUCGAAGAUACCAACUUGUGUGCGAUCCACGCCAAGCGUGUCACCAUCAUGCCCAAGGACAUCCAAUUGGCUCGUCGCAUCCGCGGUGAGCGCUCUUAAAUUACCUGCUGCGACGAAGUAGCGUGCUCUUCACCUGGUGUUUUUCAACACCACCCUU